UUCCUCUCCUCCCCCCUCCUCUCUGCAUCUCCUCUCAGUGCUCUCGACAGUCGGCAGGAUGGACGUCGUAAAUCAGCUGGUGGCUCAGGGUCAGUUCAGGGUGUUGAAGGUUCCUCUGGGCUUCAUCAAGGCCUUAGAAUGGUUCUUCGCCAUCUUUGCCUUCUCCACCUGUGGGAGUUAUUCUGGGAUGUUCCGGAUGGCGGUGGAAUGUAAGAACAAGACAGAGAGCGACCUCAGCAUAGAGGUGGAGUUUGAGUAUCCCUUCAGACUCCACCAGGUGUACUUCGAUGCCCCCACCUGUAAGAACAAGGAGACAGAGCGUUACUUCCUGGUUGGCGACUACUCCUCCUCGGCCGAGUUCUUCGUCACCAUCGGCGUGUUCGCCUUCCUCUACUCCACGGCGGCUCUCAGCAUCUACAUCUUCUUCUUCGAGAAGUACAAGGAGAACAACAAAGGGCCGCUCAUCGAUCUGGGCGUGACCGCCGUCUUCGCCUUCAUGUGGUUGGUGAGUUCUGCGGCGUGGGCCAAAGGUCUGUCCGACGUGAAGACGGCGACCGACCCGGACGAGGUGAUCACCAUGAUCCCGGCCUGUGAGGAGAUGGGGAACAAAUGCCGCGAAGUCCACGACCCGGUCAUGUCCGGACUCAACACCUCCGUGGCGUUCGGUUUCAUUAACCUGAUCUUGUGGGCGGGAAACCUGUGGUUCGUCUUUAAGGAGACGGGAAUCAUCGCUCCCUUCAUGCGAGCUCCGCCUCCUCAGGACAAAGCCGCCGCACCAGGCGCCUACGGCCAGCAGGGGGGGGCGUACGAACAAGACCCAUACGCCAGCAACCAGGGAGGCUACCAACCCGACUACAACCAGCAGGGAUACAACCAGGAUGCAGAGUACGGACAGGGCUACGGCCAGCAGGGGGCGCCCACCUCCUUCUCCAAUCAGAUGUGAAAUGACAGGAAGCAGAAAACGUCGGAGUGAACCAACAGUGGGUCGCCUGCAACCUACCCACAAUGCAACACUCCUGUCUGUCUGCGAAGCUAACGGGUGGUGGGAGGGGAGGGCGGGGUUUAGAUGUUCACUAUAAUGAAUCGAUGUGUAAAUGAUCAAUAAGAGAGUUAUAGAUAACAAUCCACAACCUUCAAAAAACACCAAAACAACAACAGCAGCAACAACAACAACAAAAGCGACCAAUAGAAACGCCCGUAAGCAGCAGCGAUGAUGUGGAUAAGAGUUAUUCAUAUUAAAGAACAUAAUCUGUGGGGAGAAUGUAUGUUUGUGUUGUAUAGAUAUGACUUUGAACAGAUAUAUAAUAUAGACUCUUUAUUCAUGACUCCUAUUCAGACUGACAGGCCCCGCCCACAGAGAUCAGACCGGCCAAUCAUGAAGCAGUCCAGGCUGGGUUUACUCUGAGACUGGAUCAGAAGCAUCGUCCCAGCCUCCAGCAUCACCUCCCAGCUGUUUCCUGUUUGUCUUGCUGCAUGUAAAUAUCAACACAGGAAGUGAUGUCAUCCUGGAGACACAGUUAACCCAGUCUGGACUUGAGCUUCUAGCUGGUAAAAAGAUCCAACAUGGCUCCUCGUCGUUAGCGUUUCUUCUGUUUGAGUGAUGCUCCUGUCAGUCACUGAGCAGGGCACGCCGUACCAACUUCCGUCUGAGCAGAGACCCUUUCUUAAGCCCCGCCUUCCUUGGUUAUGAUUAAGGAUGAAAAAUCCCUCUGCCUUUUAGGCUCCUUCCCAUUUUAACAGUUGAAUCACAGCUGCUGAUAUUUAAAUCAUUUUAAUAUGAAUUUUUAUUUGAACUGUUUAUUUAAAGAAGCAGCCAAACUCCCUAAAGUUGUCUAAAUUGUACAAAAACAUUGGCAACAUUUUGGUGACAAUGUUUACAUGCAUGUUAGAGAGUAUGAAGGGAUUUUUGUUGAUGAAAAUAAUGAUAUUACCAAAAAUAUAAACAUUUAUCAAGGUUUGAUAUUUAAUCCAAUCAUAUCAAAGUUUAAAAUUCUGUUAUGUUAACUUUAGUUUGGGUCUAAAUGUUCAGACGGACGUCUCUGUGAGCGAACUUUACUUUUGUCCUCUCCCGAGCCCUCAGCCAAUCAGAUGCAGCCGUGUGCUGCUCCAAUAAAAAUCCUCCUGGAGUCUGAAAAUCUAAGAGAAUUUAAAAGCUAUUUCUGCCCUUCUUUUGUUUGUUUUUGGGAAAGUGAAGGUGUUUUAGCGUCGGUAUCUUCCUCCGCAUGGUGACGUGUUUCUGCUCGUGUUGUACAGUGACUGAUGAUCAGUGUGAUUCUACUUCCUGUUCUCCUGUACAGGUGUGUGUGUGUGUGUGUGCGUGUGUGUGUUUACAUCCUCAUAACCUGUCCACACUUCUUCUGUAACUCUUUUUCAAUGGCGGUUUUCAAUCCUUUUCCUUCCUUCUCUUCACUGAUCUAAAAUACUCAUAAAUCCUCAAUUAAUAAUCGGGAACUUUGUUUGGUAAAUUGUUGACGAUCAGGCCUUUAAAUGAAGCCGGCUAGUAUAAGCAGUCUCCUAAUACUAGCCAUACCAGCCUGCUAUAAAGGCCUGUGCAUAUAUGGGCUUGUAUAUGAAGCAGGCUUAUAUUAGGAGACAGGCCUGCAUAGAAAGGAGGCGUGUAUUAGGAUUAUCCAAAUACAAGCCUCUCUCUAUAGUCCUGUCUCUAAAUACAAGCCUGUGUAUAUUUAGGCUUGUAUAUAAAGCAGGCCUGUAUUAGGAGACUGGCCUUGUAUACAGACAAGAAUAAGGAGGAAGACGUGAAUGAAGAGCAAGCUUGUAUUAGGAGGAAGGCCUUUCAAAAUGGCAGGCUUGUAUAAGGAUUCUCCUUGUAUGAGCCAAACAGGCCUGUCUCCUAACAAAAGCCUGCUUUUUAUACAAGUCUGUCUCCUAAAACAAGCCAGUGUAUACAUAGGCCUGUAUAUGAAGCAUUCUAGUAUAGGAAGCAGGCUUGCAUUAGAAGGGACAGGCCUGUAUCUAUACAGGUUUAUAUGAGGAGAAAGGUCUGUGUAUGAAGCAGGCUUGUAUCAGGAGUCACCUAAUACAGACCUGUCUCUAUUCAACCUGCUUUGUUUACAAGCCUGUCCCCUAAUACGAGCCUGUGUAUAUACAUAGGUCUGUAUUAGAACCAGGCCUGCAUGAGGAGAUAGGAUUUGAUACGAGGAAGGCUUGUGUUAGGAAUCUCCUAAUACAAGCCUACUUCACACACAGGCCUGUAUACAGGCUUGUAUUAGGAGACAGGCCUGUAUAUGAAACAGGCUUGGAUAAAGUAAAGUUCCCAAGAAGAAGAGGAAGAAUCAGCAAACAUGACGAGCAGAGCAGAGUUCUGGCUGCUUAUUGGCUGCCUGUUAUUAUCUGAGGAUCUACAGUAUUUUCUCCUCUUUUUUAUUUGACCUCCUUUUCUCUCGUUCUUCUCUUUGCCAACUUUAUCUUUGUUUUUCUUUCUUGUCCUCUUCUCUCUAAAUGUCUUCCUUUCUCUCAGCCUCAAUUUUUCUGCUCCAGUUCUCCUCCUCACUUGGCUUUUCUACUCUGCCUCUCCUCCUCCCCCUCCUCCUCCUCCUCCUCCUCCCCCUCCUCCCCCUCCUCCCCCUCCUCCUCCUCCUUCUCUGUUGUUCUUCUCGUCGUUCUUCUUCUUCUUCGUGACUCUCCUCUCUGCCUCUGUGAUGUAACUUCCUGUGUGAUGAUAUUCUAUUCAGCAUCAGUAACCAUGGCGAUGGUGUUGACAGUGAUGAUGACAAUGAUGAUGUGUGUGUGUGACUCGUUGCUAUGGAGACACCCCCCUCCUCCUCCCCCUGCUGUGUUUAUUCAGUGUAAAGUUUCA